ACAUGGCGGUUGACUAGCUCUGUGGGAUCUGGUCUGUCAUCACACAUUCUUCUUUCUCGAUCUCUACGCUCUAAAAACAUGCCUCACGGAACCCUUCAAGUUGUUCUUGUUAGUGCCAAGGGCCUUGAGAACACAGAUUUUCUCUGUAACAUGGAUCCUUAUGUGCUUCUCACUUGCCGAACACAGGAGCAGAAAAGCAGCGUUGCAUCAGGAAAAGGAUCAGAACCCGAAUGGAACGAGAAUUUUGAAUUCAACAUCUCUGAAGGUGUUUCGGAACUCAAAGUGAAAAUACUAGUUUUCAAUCCUAGUUUCUGUUCCAGCAACUAAUUAUCUUGUUUGAUUUCGAACUGUUAUCGUGUCUCUUUGAGUUUUAUUUUGGUUACUUGUGACACUGGGACA